AUGGAGUUGGGAAAUAACACAAGGGUAAAAGAAUUUAUAUUUAUGGGACUUACUCAGUCCCAAAACCUGAGUUUGGUCCUAUUUCUUUCUUUGUGCUUGGUAUACAUGACAACUCUUCUGGGAAACCUCCUCAUCAUGGUCACUGUGACCUGCGAGUCCCGCCUUCACACGCCCAUGUACUUCCUGCUCCGCAAUCUCUCCGUCUUGGACAUCUGCUUCUCCUCCAUCACCGCUCCCAAGGUUCUCGUAGACCUCCUGUCAAGGACGAAGACCAUCUCCUUCAAUGGUUGCAUCACUCAGAUCUUCUUCUUCCACCUCCUCGGGGGGGCAGAUAUUUUUUCUCUCUCUGUCAUGGCCUUUGACCGCUACAUGGCCAUCUCCAAGCCCCUGCACUAUGUGACCAUCAUGAGCAGGGGGCGAUGCACUGCCCUCAUCGUGGCCUCCUGGGUGGGGGGCUUUGUCCACUCCAUCGUGCAGAUUUCCCUGUUGCUGCCCCUCCCCUUCUGUGGACCCAAUGUUGUUGAUGGCUUCUACUGCGACGUCCCCCAGGUCCUCAAACUCGCCUGUACAGACACCUUUGUACUUGAACUCCUGAUGAUUUCCAACAAUGGCUUAGUCACUACCCUGUGGUUUAUUUUCUUGCUUGCAUCUUACACAGUCAUCUUGACAAUGCUAAGGUCUCAGGGAGGGGAGGGAAGGAGGAAAGCCAUCUCCACCUGUACCUCCCACAUCACUGUGGUGACCCUGCAUUUUGUGCCCUGCAUCUACGUCUACGCCCGGCCCUUCACUGCCCUCCCCACUGAUAAAGCCAUCUCUGUCACCUUCACUGUCAUCUCCCCACUGCUGAAUCCAUUGAUCUACACCCUGAGGAACCAGGAGAUGAAGUCAACCAUGAGGAGAUUGUGGCUGAGGGACUAA